ACACAAUUUAUUACCACUUUUGUUUUGAGAAGAGGUGAGAGAGAAAGUGUGUGGGAGCUUAGUGGACAUUAAAAUGGAAGGAGCCCUUCCUUUUCCGGCACUUUCUUUUGCUUUCAGUCCCCACUUCCCUUUUUAUUAACACUUCACAAAACAAACUCUCUCAUCUCCUCACACUUCAAAUCCAAAUAUCUCUGUUCUCAAUAUUCCACCCCCUUUUCUCUUCUCUCUUCUUUCUCUAUUCUCAGAUCCAUUGCUUUAUCCCACAGCUUCCACCACUGCAUCCAAACACGCCCUUCUCUCAUUUUCACCAGCUAGAUAGAAUUUGCUCUUGCAAAAAUGGCAGCUUCUGGGGUUCAUUCUAGCAAGCAAAUGAGGAGGUUGGAAUCGAGGAAGUCACAUUCUUGGUGGUGGGAUAGUCACAUCAGCCCCAAGAAUUCUAAGUGGCUUUCAGAAAACCUUGAAGAGAUGGACCGGAGUGUGAAGCGAAUGUUGAAGCUGAUAGAAGAGGAUGCAGAUUCAUUUGCCAAAAAAGCUGAAAUGUAUUAUCAGAAGAGGCCAGAAUUGGUUGCUCUGGUUGAGGAGUUUUACCGUGUUUACCGGGCUCUGGCUGAACGUUAUGAUCAUGUGACAGGAGAAUUACGGAAGAAUAUACCCUCUGAUCUCCAAUCCCAAGGUUCAGGUAUUUCAGAUGCUGGCUCUGAACCAUCCUCCACUUGGCCCUCUCCAACUCCAAAGAGGGGGGGUCGUCUUAAAUCUAGUACCCGAGCUGCUGGGUUUGAAUACUUUCUUGGCUCUAGUGGAAAUGGUACUGAUGUAUACCAAAAAGAUGGGGAUGAGUCUUCUACUUUGACAGAUUCUGAGGAGGAAUCUGAUGAUUCAUCAGUUAACAAUUAUUCAGGUUUCUCACGGAAUGGUAGUGAUCUAGGGAUAAACAGAAGAAUAAUGGAGUUGGAAACUGAGCUCCGUGAGGUAAAAGAAAAGCUAUGGAUGCAGGAAGAGGAACAUGCAGAUGGUUCAACUAGGGGAUCAAGAAAUGAGAAUACUGAUGUUUAUACCAAAAUUAAUGCAUAUGAACAAGAACUGAUGACUGUGAAUGAGAAGUUAAGACUUUCAGAAGAAGAAAUUACUAAACAGAAGAUUGAGCUUCAAAAAUACAGACUCUUCAAUACAGAAAAUUUGGAGGCUGGUUUUGAGUCAUCACUAACGAAAAAACACAUCAAUGAAGGAGGGGAAGCACACAAGAUGAUAGAGGUUGAGGGAAGCAUUGAUGGUGUGGAUAAGGAAUUGUUUGACCAAAAUGGUGAGAUCGAGACACUUGCGAGGGAGCUAAGAAUUACCAAAGAAAAUCUCAAAGCUUCGGAAAUGCAAAUUACUUCACUGAAAUUUGAGGCCAAUAAAUCAUCUGAAAGAAUUCAGCAAUUACAUGAUCAGCUUGAGUUGGCUCGUAAAGACAUUUCUACUUGGAAAACCAAAUUCAAUAGUGAGAAAAGAGAGAGCACCAAACUCCAUGAAAGACUUGCGAGGUUAAGGACUAGUCUAUCAGAUCGUGACCAUGAGAUCAGGGAUUUGAAAACAGAAGUAUCUGAUGCCGAGCAGAAAAUCUUCCCAGAGAAAGCUCAGUUGAAAUCUGAAAUGUCAAAGGUGCUGGAGGAACGGACUCAUUUAGAGGAACAGAUCAGAGAAUGGGAAAGUCGAGGCCGUUGUUUUGAAGACGAUAUCAGAAGGAUCCAGUCUGAAAAAAUGGAGAUGGAGGAGGCACUCAAGGGUGAGAUUCAGCUGUUAAAGGCAGGAAUUGAGCAGAGAGAGAACAACAUAAAAGAACUCAACACAAGCAUUGAUACUUUAAAACUAGAGAAAGAUAAUCUCCACGUAGAAGUUGGUUCACUCAAGGAAGAGGUGAACUCCAGAGAUGGUAGGAUUGAACACCUGAACAGCCAUUUGAACGAGCUUCACGUGGAACAUGUACAACUGAUUGCUGGAAUGGAGGAGGCACACAAACAUGUGGAAGAACUAAAAUCAAAAGCCAAGCAACUUGAGGAAGAGGUCGAGAGGCAAAGAACCGUGAUCUUAGAAGGAGCAGAAGAGAAACGCGAGGCCAUAAGGCAGCUAUGUUUCUCACUCGAGCACUAUAGAGAUGGCUAUAAUAUGCUUCGGCAGCAUGUUAUGGGGCACAGACGAGUUCCAGUUUUGGCUGCCUAGUUAAUAAAUUUGAAACGUGAUCUUGUAUAUUGUUUUGGUGCUAUCUUCAUUUCUGUCUUGGGAUGUUUUAUGGUUCUAGUGUAUGAGUCAAGGUCAUGUGUACUACUACGGAGAAGUGAUGACCAUGUUUGCAUGGUGUAAGUUAUACUCUGGCUUGUUAGCUAUACGCCUAAUACCACAAUAUGCUGCUGAUGCCAUUGCUAAGAUAACCCUUCCUUAAGGGCUCAAGAGAGAUUGAAAAAUUUGCUUAGUUUGAUCUAAUAUUGUAUAACCGACUCGUCUGGUCUGAUGUCAAUGAUUGUGCAACUUCUUUUUUUAAGUUAUUGCAACUUGGAUUUCCCUUACAGUAAAUAUAUAAUGUUCUUGGUUAA